GUAAGCCAUUAAUGAUGUAGAGUAUUAAUGUAAAUUGAACACACCUGCGUGUUGAGACGUUUACGAAAAUUAUUUAGCGCAUGCGCAAAUGUAAAAAAAAGCCAGCAUCACCGGUAGCCGAUGUACGCAUGCGCAGGAUUGCAGCAGCUAAAGCGCAUGCGCACUAGCUUGUCCGUAAUCGUCAUCAAAAUGAGACACAUACAGCGUCGAAUAACACAUUUCAGGUCUCAAUAGCACAAGUCAACAUGGUCAACGUACACAAAGGUGUCCUCGUCGAAUGCGACCCCGCCAUGAAGCAGUUCCUCCUGUACCUGGAUGAGACCAAUGCCCUGGGGAAGAAGUUCAUCUUGAAGGACCUGGAUGACACGCAUGUGUUCAUACUGGUUGAGGUGGUCCAGACCCUACAGGAGAGAGUGGGAAAGCUCAUAGACCAGAACUCGUUCACCAUCACACAGAAAUGAGAGACCAUUAAAAAAAAAAAAGACUCACGAUUGUCCGCUUUGGUUUAACUUUAUAGGCAUCUCUUUUUUUUUUUACAUUGGUUUUACUUUACAAUAAACAAUGUAAAGAACCAAACAAUA